GAAAGACCGCACCAUAUUAGACUCGAACUUCAAUAGCCUUAGGCAUCAUUUAAUCACUCUACAGUUUGGCCAGUACACGUAGCAGCAGCUGCUGCUUACACAAUGAUUUGGUAGUACUAAUGGUAUCAUCUACUUGCAUAGACUCUCUUGAUUAGACCACUUCAAAAACACCUUUAGUUAAUCAAUAAACCAAUGAUGAAUUUGGGACGAGUUUAACCUUAAGUGUUCCCAUUCCAAGUCAAUUGUUCCGUGUAUCUGAGUAGUAUCAACGACUUGAUGAACUGGAAAAGUAACACAAGUCAAUUAAACAAACCACAAAUUCCACUAUCUUACCCCUUCUCAUCUACUAGACGGAAAUAGAAAUCAUGCCCUCUUUACUCUCAUUCCUCUUCUUUUAUAAUCUUCUUCAUCUACCAAAUUUAGCAGCUUCCAAUUGCCCAAAAUCCUUUCAGUGUGGAGAUCAUUUCCCCCUUAAAAUUCCAUUUACCGACGUCAAAAAUCCCGAUUGCGGCUUGAUCACGGUUGACGGCUGCAAUGGUUCAAGAAACCCAGUAAUCAUGUCUGAAGGUCUCUCGGGGUAUGAAAUUCUAGGCAGUAUUUCAGCAAAUCAAAUCAAAGUUUUCGACCCUCAUCUUCAUCACUUAUAUCAAUCUCAGCUCAAGUGCAUCCCUUUCACAAAUCUCUCUCUCCCAAAAUCCCCUUCUAUUUCGAUUUCAAUCCCCUUAAAUCUCACCUUCUUCACUUGCUCCAACCAUCGAAAUUCUCAAGAUUAUUUCGAGAAUUACCUCAGCUUCCACGACCAACGCGGCGGGCCUCUCACCGCGUAUUAUUUGGACCCGACAACAGAUGAUGAUUCUGCAGCAAACGAGAGAAGUAUUCCUGCGAAUUGUGGGGUGAUUCAAUUGCCUAUAGAUUCUAGUAAAGGAGAUGCCCACCAAUUGUUUGAUAUAUUGACUGCUGAGUUUUUUAUAGAGUGGAAUGUUUACGAAGCUUGUUCUAACUGUUUCCAUCAAGGAGGGCAGUGCCUUCAUAACAGCAUGAAUCAAUUCAUCUGUGAAAAAGAAUCCUUCAAGUGUGGAGAUCAAACUCUCAACUUCCCAUUAACAAGAGCGGAUGAUCCCGACUGCGGAUUGAUCGCUGUUGAUGGCUGUGAUUCGGAUGAUCAAGUGAUCCAUUUAGGUGGUGGAAAUCUUGGUUACACUCUUUUGGAGUACUAUGAUUCAUCAAACAAAAUCUUGAUUCGUGAUCCUCAGCUUGAAGCUCAAUUGCUUAACAAAAGCUGCUUUUCUUUCAUGAAUCAGUCCUUGCUUCGAUCUCCUUCGAUUUCAGUCUCAUUCAGUCCUAAUCUCACCUUGUUCCCCUGCAACGUCGAACCUACUGAUAUGUCUAAAUUUGAUAAAUACUUCGAAAACUAUAGCAAGAUAGAGUGUAUCUACCCCGUGUACUAUAAAAUCCCAUCGUCCGAUGGUACUCCUUCCGAGCAAAUUGAUGCUCCAGAAGGAUGUUGGUUAGUACAGCUGCCUAUGAGGUCUAGUCGAAACUCAGAUGAUUUGUUCAGUAUGAUCACUGCUAAUUUUACGCUAGAAUGGGAUGUUUGUGAUGAAUGUGUUGGUUGUUUCAAUGGAGGAGGGCAGUGUCUCACUGCCAACAAUAACACGUUCUACUGCAAACGAGAAAAUAACUUGAGGAAGAUAUUAUUAGCUACAUUGAUACCUGGAUCUGCUCUGUUGCUUGUCUGCGCCUUAUAUAUUUGGCUGCGAAAGAAAAAGAAGGUUGGAUCCUACCUUCUUUCAAGGAACUUAUCUUAUGAUCCCUCCUCGAAAGCGGAUAUCGAAGACGGAAGCUUCAACUUCGGCAUUCCCAUCUUCUCGUACAGCGAGCUCGUCGAGGCCACUGGCAACUUCGACCCUUCGAAAGAGCUCGGCGACGGAGGCUUCGGCACCGUCUAUUACGGCAAGCUCCAUGACGGCCGAGAAGUCGCGAUCAAGCGACUCUACGAGCACAACUACCGACGAGUGGAGCAGUUCUUGAACGAGAUCAAGAUCCUCACGAGCCUCCGCCACCCGAACCUCGUCUCGCUCUACGGAUGCACCUCGCGGCGCAGCCGCGAGCUCCUCCUCGUGUACGAGUACAUCCCCAACGGCACUGUGGCGGACCACCUCCAUGGCCAGCGCGCCGCCUCGGCGCCCCUCACGUGGCCGAUGCGGAUGACCAUCGCGCGGGAGACGGCCACCGCGCUCGCGUACCUACACAAGUCGGACAUCAUCCACCGCGACGUCAAGACGAACAACAUCCUCCUCGACGCGAACUUCUCCGUGAAGGUCGCCGACUUCGGCCUCUCGCGGCUCUUCCCGAAUGACGUGACACACAUCUCCACGGCGCCCCAGGGCACCCCGGGUUACGUGGACCCGGAGUACCACCAGUGCUACCAACUCACAGACAAGAGCGAUGUUUAUAGCUUUGGAGUCGUGCUGAUUGAGCUGAUCUCGUCCAUGCCGGCCGUCGACAUAAGCCGGCAUAAGCACGAGAUCAACCUGGCCAACCUGGCCGUGAGCAAGAUCCAGAAAUGCGCGUUCGACGAGCUGAUCGACCCGGCGACCGGGUACAACUCUGACGCGGAGGUGACGAGGAUGACGACGACGGUGGCGGAGCUGGCUUUCCGGUGCCUGCAGCUGGAUAAGGACAUGAGGCCGACGAUGGAGGAGGUGGUGGCGAUCCUCCACGACAUAGAGAGCGGAGGGGACGGCGAUUUCGAGGGGGUGAAGGGGAAUUCUGGCGGGAAGAUACCGCCGUCGCCGGAGACGGAUGAGGUGGUGCUGCUGAAGAGUAGGAUUUAUCGAUCGUCGCCGACGGCGGUGACGGACACGUGGAUUAGUAGCGCCUCGACGACGGCGAGUUCGGUCGGGUGAUUCUUGAUGUUGUUGGUGUGGGCUUACAACAUCAAGAAUCACACUUGUGUUAGGGGAUGAGAUGGUGUAUAUGUGUUUGUGUGUGUGUGUGUGAGUGAGUGAGUGAGUGAGAAUGGUUUAUAUAUUCUUUCUUUGUUCUAUGUGUAUUUUUCUUGUCUAUUUUUGAGCAAUUGGCAGCGGGAAUGUGCAUAUGAUGAAAGAGAGCUAGCUAGUAGAGUAUUUCCUUAGCAAUUGGUGGUGGCAAUGUGAUUAUUUUUUGCUACUAGCAUAUGUUAUUGAUGUAUAAUUGUAUAUGUUGGUAAUGUAAGUCCAUCCAUGACUCCGGCAAUGGGAUAGCCGAGCGCCCGAGCCAAUGGAUAUUUAUGGACUCAUUACAAAUUUAAGUCAAAUUAAAUUAUCCGCGUGUUUUACUUUUA